CCGCCUUCCCUCCCACUCCACUGGGCCGCGAGGAAGUCGCAAGAUGGCUGAUGUCGCUUGGAAGUAAUGUUCCCCCCUGCACCAUGAAGCCGUGAGUGUAGAAGAAAGCGAGGGAGGCACCAUCGGGCUUUUCUUUUUUAUUUUCUUUUUAGUUAACUUUUCUUUCAUUUCGUCAAACAUCCAUCUCAUUCCGCGUCGUGUCCGCCCCGGACUUGUCUUCGGGAGUUGACGCGUCAAAUCACGCCGGGGACCCUGCCAGCCAGCAGCUAACGGCUAGCCGCACCGUUAGCAAAUACCAGCCGAGCUCAGCCAGUCAGCCGGGAACACGCACACUCACGCUAGUUAGUUUGGGGUCUUUUUUCAUCCACAUUCUGUCACCGGCGAGUCACCGAGCCGCGCUACGCGUGUGCCGACGUUUUUUUGCCCGAGGUCGCGCAGAAUAAAUGUCCAAAUUAUUGACUCUAGAACGACCGAAGGAGGCUGCUCGGCGCAACAUCAUGUCCGCGAACUGGCCGUCCUGCCGCCUGCUAACUAAUGCGCAGUAUUGACUCUGUUUCAUGUGCACAAACCAGCAGUGAUCCAUUUCUUUCGCAGGCAUCGCUCCGUAAAUGAUCCACCGCCCUGCUGCAUUUGCGUCACUUGCUUGCAGGCGAUACAUUUCGGAAGCUGCUAAUUGCUAAAACGCCAAAUUAUGGGAGCAGGAAAUGUGUCGAACUUUUUCUGCUGGUAGGUAGCUGCACUGGCCUUGCUGGCGCCUCACCAAAAGAAAAAAGAAAAAGAAAAAAAAUCCACAGGGAUGGACACUACACCGAGCACACAAGACCAAAACUGAAACACGACAAAAUUGGCUUCUUUAUUAUUCAUUUUUCAUAUCGCCGAAUAAGUAGCGUCGGCUGACCGGGCUCGUGCAGCCGCGCGCGGUGCCUCGCUCCGCCGGUCCGACUGACAGACACGUUGUCUCGCAGGGUUUCAACCGAGCCCAAGUUCGUCCACUACACCGGAGACCAGCUAGCUUGCCUGAGGCGCACGGCUAGCUGCAGUCUCGCCCCCACACCACGUUACAAACACGGCGUACAGAACGUACUCGGAGCCCGCGCCCGGCCAGACGCACCGGCUCAACAACACCGUCAUGGGAGUGCAGGGCUUCCAAGAGUAUCUGGAGAAGCGGUGUCCCGGGGCCGCGGUCCCGGUGGACCUCCUGAAGCUCGCCCGCACCGCGGCCCGCCAGCCCCCGCACCACCACCACCCGCACCACCACCACCACCCGCACCACCACCCGCAUCACCCCGGGCCCAUGCCUCCCCCGCCUCCGCCUGCCAGGAUCCUGAUCGACGCCGACUCCGGCCUGCAGCGGCUCUACGGCGGCUACCAGACGGACUGGGUGUGCGGCGGCGAGUGGAACGCCAUGCUGGGCUACCUGGCCGCCCUGUCGCAGGCCUGCCUGUACCAGGGCGGCCUGGAGCUCGUCGUGGUUUUCAACGGCACACUGGGGAAGGAGCGCUGGCCCGAGUGGGCGCGGCGAGCGCAGGGCCAGCGGCAGACGGCGCAGCUGAUAGUCAACCACGUCGGCAGCAAGGCCACCCCGCCUCCCCGGGCAUGGUUCCUGCCCCCGGCUUGCCUCAGCCACUGCGUCCGCCUCGCCAUGUUCCGCUUCCGAGUGCGGGUCGUACAGACUUUGGAGGACCAUCACCAGGAAGUGCUGUCUCUCUACAGAGACUACGCGUUUGCCGGUCUGAUCGCUCAGGACUCUGAGUUUGCCCUCUGCAACGUGCCCGCCUACUUCUCCUCGCACGCGCUCAAACUGAGCUGGAACGGCAAGAACCUGACCACUCACCAGUAUCUGCUGUCUGAGGCUGCCAGGCAGCUGGGCCUGAAGACACAGCACCUGCCCUGCUUCGCUGCUCUGCUGGGUAAUCAUAUUUUGCCUGAUGAGGACCUGGCUGCCUUCCACUGGAGUCUGCUGGGACCAGAACACCCACUAGCUUCUCUCAAGGUGCGAGCUCAUCAGUUGGUUCUGCCGCCCUGUGAGGUGGUGAUCAAGGCCGUCUCCGAGUACGUCUCCUCCAUCAAAGACCUGGGAAACUUCGACGCCAUCGCCAGAGAUGUCUUCAAACAAUCACAGUCUCGUAUGGAGGACAAGGUGGAGCGAUUCAAGAAAGCUGUGGAGUAUUUCUCAGCUGCCUCCAAACCACGCUCGCCCAGCAUGGGGCCCGCCGCUUUCAUCUUACCUGGAUUUGGACCCACUCCAUUUGGGGGACCACCUGGCCACAUGGGACCGAUGCAGCCUGGAAAGAAUCAGUUCCCUCCUCCCCAGGUUCCAGGGUUAAAACCACCCUAUCAAAAUGCUCCAUACGGACCCGGCUCCACCCCUCUGUUCCAGAACCCACCGCCACCGUCUCAAGACUGCAACGACUCGCUGACGGGCAAGAUGGGCUUCACCGACUGGUCGGCUCCAUAUGAUUCCACUCAGGGGGGAGGUCGAUUACCCAAUCACCACACCGGCAUUCAGUCCGGUCCCUCUCCGUCGCCUUCCUCGUCAUCAGAUGGAGAUGAACCCAAUGACAGUAACGCAAACCAUUUGGCGGACAAACCCUCUCGGUGGGAGGAUCCUGCUGGAAGGGGGGGCUCAAACUCUGGAAACGGUUCCCAAGGCAACGGGAGCGGGUCAAACAUUCCCUCACUGCUGUCUAUGGCGACACGGAGUCACAUGGACAUAACCACACCCCCUCUGCCUCAGGUCAGUGCUGAGGUUCUACGCGUAGCCGAGCACAGACACAGAAGAGGACUGAUGUACCCCCAGAUUUACCACAUAUUGACCAAGGGCGAGAUGAAGAUGCCAGUGUGUAUAGAGGAUGAGUGUAACUCUGAGCUGCCUCCUGCCUCUCUGCUGUUCCGUGCUGCCCGACAGUAUGGCUACGGCGUCCUCUUCAGUCUGGCCGAAACACACCGCCGCCUGGAGAGGCUCGCCCUCCGAAAGAGGGCUCCCCUCGAAGUCCCUCCAGUGAUCGUCAAAGAAUGGAGCAGCGGAAAGUCCAAGUCUGCCUUGACCCCAGAGCUGGUUCCGGCCCUGUGUUUCCGCGAGUGGACCUGCCCCAACCUGCGGCGGCUGUGGUUGGGUCGCGCCAGCGAGGACCGCUCCAGGAGAACCAGGGCCUUCCUGGCCUGCCUUCGCUCUGACUGCCCAGCCCUCCUCAACCCAGCACAGGUUCCACAGCAUCUGCUGCUCAUGUGCUGCGUGCUCAGGUAUAUGAUGCAGUGGCCCGGAGGAAGGAUCCUACAGAGACAUGAGCUAGAUGCCUUCCUGGCCCAAGCUGUUUCCAGCCAGCUCUACGAACCCGACCAACUCCAGGAGCUCAAGGUGGAGAAGGUGGAUUCCCGUGGCGUGCAGCUGGCUUCUCUCUUCAUGGCCGGCGUUGACACCGCGCUGUUCAUCAAUGAUGUUUGCGGCCAGCCGUUGCCAUGGGAACACUGUUGUCCCUGGGGCUUCUUUGACGGAAAACUGUUCCAGAGCAAAUUGUCCCGGGCCUCCCGCGACCGGGCCGCCCUGCUGGACAUGUGUGAGGGGCAGGAGGAGCUGGUGUCCAAGGUGGAGAAGAUGCGUCAGGCGAUCCUCGAGGGCAUCAACCUUUCCCGCCCCCCUCCACCGCCCCCUCCUCUACCACCUCCUGCCUUCCUGCCCCCCACCAUGGUGCCCUCUUUCUACCCCAUGCCUCCUCUAUACCCACCUCGCCCCAUGGGCGGCAUGCCCCCUCAUCACCACCCGCAUCAUCCACAUCACCCGGCCCAGCACAGAGCCAGAGCCUUCCCAGGUAUUCAGUCCAUCCCCCCUCAGGGAGGAAAACUGGAGAUAGCUGGCAUGGUGGUUGGACAGUGGGCUGGGAACAAACCAAUCCGUGGGAGAGGGGGCUUCAACAUGCAGGUGGUGUCAGUGGGAGCAGGGAAGGGGAGGGGUAAAGAGAUUCCUACGAAACUAAGGGGAGUGAAAAAGGCACUUGUCAACAGAACACAGACGUCACCACCCCCCCCAUCCAGCAGUCCCCCAAAGCCCUCAGAGGAGGCGGGCUCCGAGUCAGAGGUCACGACUCAGCAGCUGAACGGCAGCUCAGCGGCCUCUGCCAUUGGCCAGUCCUUAGAGCUGGCCCCCCUGGCCCAGCCAAUCCCGUGUGCCUUAGCCAGCAGAGACAACCAAUCAGAGGGGGUGGAGGUGGAGGCCCCCUGUUGCCUUGACGACUGCCCGUCAGACGGAGCGCUACAGAAGGAGGAGUGAUGGCGUCCCUCGCGGGAUGCACUGCUCUGAGAGAGUUAUCUGUGUUCGACUGCCUUUCCCUGUUUUUGUAGCCCCGCCUGCUAGCUGUGCACAUCAUCACAUGGAGCAGGAGGCGGAGCGAGGCUUCUCCUCGUCCCCCCUGCCGCUCCAUGUAAUGAGCUAAAGCAGUUAGCCGUUACUCCUUUUUGAGUUUUCUCAUGUGGUUUUACAUUGUUGUAUGAAGAGAGGUUUUCUCCAUGAGUCUGUAAGCGCCCUACCCCUCGAAAAAAAAAAAUCCCAAAUGCCUCCUUCCCGCACUCAGAGUUAAAUAAGCUUGAACCCCCACCCCCAUUACGACCCGCCAUUUUAAAAGAGCCCCCCUCUUAAAGUAUGGGUAUCUGUACAGUUAAAGGUUUUUUUUUUAUUAGUUUUUUUUAAUGGUUGUUUGAAUCUCUGCACAAAGAUUUUAAGCUUGCGGUUACGGUGACAGAUUGGAUGUGGUUUCCAUGGUUACAGCAUCUAGGCCUGGUCGCCAUGGUCGGUAGUUGGGUGUGAGUGUGUGUGUGUGGAUGUGGUUUGUUGCCAUUAGCCAUCUCGUGUGAGGUUUGUCUUGCAUGAGCUCGGAGAGACGUUCAGAGCGAUGUACCAUUCUUCUGUGCCGUGACCCGCGUGCCCCCGGCAGUCUGCAGGCUAGCCGCACGGCUAAACACACAGUGUUAGCAUACAUGCUAGCAGCAAACCCCAUUAUAUGAUUUGAUCGGUUAUCUAUCACUGGAGCACUUCUGCACCACCAUGGUAUUUGCGUGCUAAUUUAAUUUGACCUAUGUAGCAUAGACUAGUGCUUAGCUGUGCUAAGAGACCCCAUGAAUUUAUGCACCUUAAGCUCUAAAGUAUGCAAGAUUUUACCCCCGCUCCUCCAAAAAAAAUGCAUUAUUAUGUUAUCUUCCUAUCCCCUUUGUCCCUUUCUCCCAAAGCUUUGAUUGUAUUAUCCCAACAGAAGCACUUAAUGUUGUAUUUAAACAUGAUGAAAUUAAAACAGGCCCCUGUGCAGUUGAAUUGACAGUCUGUCAGGGGCGUCCCCUGCGCCUAAGUAAAUCAUUAUGACAUAGAACUACAUUUAAAGGUAGAGAUCUAUUCGAGUGACGUCAGAAUGUGAACAGAGUGGUUCCGGACAAAGAAGCACUUUGUUUUAAAAAAUGUUAAACCACACUGGACAGUCCUCUACCAGGUGUUAAAGAAAUGAAAGAAAAAACAAACAAACUCUGAGGCACCUUCUGGAGUUAAGGCCAAAAAGAAAAGAAUAAUGACACCCAGCGAACGAUGGAGACGAAUGCUGAGGGUUAGGUUGACGGCCGCCAGUUCCCUUUGGACUGACCUCACGCAUUCAAACAGGAACUUUGCGAUGAAGCUGAAAAGAACUCCUGAUUGUCCGUGUCAGGGAUUCCCGGGAAUCAUUUCAGAUUUCUAAAAAGUUAUUUCCAAAGUGUAUUUAAAAAAAAAAAGGCUAGCCCAGCGAGGCGGCCGCUGAUAUAUAUAUAAAAGGGCUGUGGCAGCAAAAGCCUCGUUGAUCCCUCCGGCCCCCCGGCUGGUGAUCGAUUGAGCAACUGUUGUCACGACGAUAGCCCGACACCAAGAGCUGUUGCCCCGCGGAGCUCUGGUGUGUCACUUUAUACCAGCAGGAAGCACUUCUCUGCCCUGAAGCACCUCGGCCACAGCAGAGGCUUCAUGGGUUGGAUCACACGUCACAUGACAGGGGAGAGGGAGGCCCCAUGGCGGACCCGAGUGUGCCGCUCACAAUCUGAGACAUAUAAGAUACUGAAUUGUUUUAUUAGAGCACUUAUGUUUGUAGUGAAUGAGAUGUGUCCCCCCCCUACAGUAGGUUUCACCUGAAUACGGAAACACACAAGUUAUGUAUUUCUUACCGAUUACUGGUAGCACAACUGCAAAUGUAAAAAGCAGUAGACCGACAAACAUUGCCUGACCAUGGCCAUGAACAUUGUAAUCUCUACAAACGUAAAGGAGGUUGAAAUGAGAUCAUCAGAAAAGGGCAAGUCAACAAGAAGCACCUUAUUUUCUCACUAUGUUGAUGACUUGUGCUCUAUUGUGUGCCACAGAAUCAACAUGGAAAAAAAAAAGCUCUCACGAAACGCCGUUUUGAAGGAAAAAAAUGGAGAAGAAGUAAAAAGACAAACCCUGACUAUAUAUGUUAGUGUUAAUGUAGUUGCGUCAGACACCCCCUCUGUUAUGACCUCAACAUAUUACAGUGAAAACGCUGACAGUUGACUCAGCUGCGAGCGUAGGCCUACGCUCGCCAUCACAGGGCUGAGCGGCGCCGCCACCGUCUCCCUUACACCACCACCGAGUCUGAGGUCGGGACACGUUGGCCGUUAUUGGUAGGGACUUAAGCCCGCGAGUGCUGUAGGUGUUCAUAGGUUAAGAGUAGGUCACAGCGUCGGGUUUAACACGGGACUGUAAUACACGGACACCAAGACUAGGCUAGAGAAUAUAGCUCCACUGGCCGCAAUACUUGGUCUAGAAUUUACUAGGAGUCAUAUACUUAACCGCUUUCAACUUUUGACAUUAGUACAAUUAUGUGUAUCGCAGCAGUACAUUGUUAGAAGAUGGCUUUUAUUCUGCAGCGAACCAGAGCGUGGCGACGCCCUCUCGCGAUUCGCUUGCCAGAUGACCAUUACAACACACACACACACACACACACACACACACGAACGACAGGUAUUCAGUUGCAUUUGUUACCAGCAGCAUUCUCUCUGCUUUUGUGCUGAAGUGAUUUUGUGCAGUUUCCAGUUGAGUGGUCGUCGGUUCAUCAGAGAUCAUUUGGUAACACAUUCUACUGAUUUCCCAAAAUCCCGCACUCAAAAGUUUGCAUGGAUAACAGGUCACGCACACAAACACACACGCGUCACACACACACACACACACACACACGUAAAUGUUAAACCCUGAGUUACACAGUAGCUAGUAUGGAUAAAAAAAAACGUCAACACAAUACAUGAUGUAGUGUCCCUCUUUUUGUCCUUGUCUACUUUAGUUCAAUAGAUAUUUGAUCAGUGAUUUUUGGUUGUUACCCUAAACCCACACCCUCCACCCACCACCCACCACCCCAGCCACCUUGCUAAGACACUUUCUCUUGCCUCGCCCCCUCCUCUCUUCCUCCCCCCAAAAACUGUUCAUUCACUUCUUUUCUCUGCCCUAAUAUCUUUCUCGUAGAUUACACGCACACACGCACACUCAUGAACACGCACAUGCAUCCACACAACGCCCCUCGAAUCUCAUUAAAUGCAGCCUCACAUACAGAUAUUUUACACACAGGUUAGCCCCUCCCACCACCAAUCCACCUAACCCCCCCUAUAUUUCAGGUCUCUUUCACUCUUCUCACCUCCCUCUCUGCCUCCCUCCUUCAGCCCUUAGGACAGUUACUAUUGGCCAUUUUUUUUCUCCCUCUCUCUUUUUUCUCUUUGGGCUGCCCCGCCCCGUAAUCAACCCAACUAACAGUAAAGGUUAUAUUAACGUUGAUAAUCAGUUUCUGUAUGUAUCUAGCCAGUCUGGAAAAAAAAUCUGAAAAAAAAAUCAAAACUGUUUUAUUCAAUUGUGCAAAUGUGUUUUUCUUACUAUUUUUAAUGUUAUUACAUCUUCUAAUCCUUCUACCAUUGCUUCAGUUAGUACUGAAAUACGCUUAGCCAACCUAGAGAUUUGAACUGUAAUGAUCGCGAUUUUCCUUACCUGUAUUUUAUAUGGCAUCUUUAGACCACUUCACCAUUUAUUAUGUACGUAAGUAAAUAUUGCCCGUUUUUUCGAAUUGAAAAUCGUUGUCUGCACUAUGUUUGAUUCUCAUAAUAUCCCUGAUAACGAUUUCGCGGUCGACUCAUUAUCAAUCGAAGCUGAACUCUGCUCCCUUGCACAAAGCAGGGAAACAUCCCCUGUAAACACCUGAGAACCAAAAUGCACCUAGCAUCCCCCACCCCCCCCCACCCCGCCCUGAUAUUUGACAGCGUUGCCCCCCCCCCCCCAGCAACAAGUUUUCUGAUGAGUAUGAUUAUAAAUAUAUAUAUAUAAAAUGACAUUACAGCACAUGUGAUUCAUCUUACAAGUCUGUGACGUUAGUGUUUUCACACUGGUUGUUGUGGAGACGCAGACAGACAGGGAAGACGGAGCGAAGUGUGUGUUUGUGGACAGCGAGUGAGUGGGCGAGCGAGUGGGCAGGUUCGGACAGUGAGUUUGUUUGUAGGAAUUGUGGGUGGAUUCGCUGCUCGUGUUUCUCGCACUCGCUCAGUUGUGAGUUCUUCAUUGACUGAAUUUAGCCCGUGUGAUUCAUUGCUCACAUCACAUCUACACUAACGAACAGGAAGGAACGACAGCUGACAAAUAUGCUUUCAGUCAUGCUGGGUUUUUUUUUCUGCGCCCUCUUUUGCGUUUUUCUUACAUCUAUAUCGUUGUGCUCUCUCAAACUUGCGUUCGACUCCCCAGGCUCAGAUUAAAAAGAGCACAGGAGUUGUGCGAAGUCUCUUCCUAUUGUACGUGGGCAUGGAGGCUAUUCAAAAUGGCUGAAUUUUCCUCUUCAACACAAAUCUGAGACCGGUUGAACAGUUAGAGCUGGAGUGAUUAGUCAAUGAAUUGAUUAUUCUAUUGACAGAAAAUGAAUUGGCAACCAAUAUGAUAACCAAGAGCCAAUUUUUAGUAACUUGUAUAGCUAAGAUGCCAAGCUUCUAGUAAACUUUGGGUUUCUGAGCUAUUUUAAUUCAUCAACUUGGCCUGCAUAAGUUUGUAGCGGAUACAGUUUUCACUAUUAUUUGACUUUUUUACACAAAACAAUUGAUUGCCCAGAUUGCAAACAUAAUUUCUAUCUUGUAAAAGUUAAAAUCUUCGGGGUUUUGACAGCUAGUUGGACAAAACAAGGAAUAUAAAGAUGUAAAUUCUGUAAAUUGUGAUAGACUUUUUUCACAAUAUUUGACAAUAUAGGCCGAACAAUCCAUUGAGAAUAUAAUGUACAGCUUAAUUGCCAUUAAAGGCCCUACAGUGGUCUUAUAGCAAAUUACAAUCCAUCCUCAGUUUGUUGUUUCAAAUUAAGGAUCGACAAACGAUCUCAUCCGAAGUGACGCAAGGAAAAUUCACCCCAUCGGUGAGAUUAAGAGUUGUGUACCUCGCCUCUGUGCCUACAAAAUGGGAGCAACUCUGAAGGGUUCUACAACGUUUAGAGAACCAAAAGUCCCAGAAUAGAGAUGUGAUAUGUGGUGUUGUAGAAGUUGGAACAGUAUUAAUGUCUGUCAUACAGAAUGUCGAAAGGAAUCAUCCGUUGCUUUGUACCUGUUCUGAUCUUCUCGCAGCAUUUUUGUCCGGUUUGAAUAAAGCUCCCUAUUCUGUCUGUCUCUCUCUACACUGCCCCCCCCCCCCCCCCCCCCCCCCC